GGUCUGACCAAUAGUGAGAGAAGGAGGUGGAGUUUGUCGGAAUACGGGUGUAGCUUUCAAAUCACGACGGUUAUUUUAAAUCGUAAUGUUUAAAGUUUAUCGUAUAUGUAAAUGGGUUAAAAAUUGAUAGCUGAUGUCUGCAUAUGUAGCACUUCGUGAGCAGUAAAGCCUUAUUUAUUAAUGUUAUUUCAUUUAAAUCCAAAUCCCGGUGAAUACAAUGACAUAUCGGUUUAUGUGAAUUGUUUCUUUUCAGACUGACGUUUAAACGGCACAAAAGUCAUUUUAUUAGGUUAAAUACGCCGUCAUACGUGUUAGUUAGUUAGCUGGUUAGUUAGUUUGUUUGUUUUUGUAAAAUAACCUUAAAUGUAACCCCAGAAGUUUUAAAGUUCUGUAACGUGAGCUUGUGUGCAUGCGCUUGCGCGCGAGCCUUAGCUAGACCCUGCCUGCUGUGAGUAAUGGUGCUAUACGUGUGUCUGACAUGACACAAAUCUUUUCAGGGCAGGCACAGCGAUGUGUUGGGAAGAAUAACCGGAGCUACAUUUGUGAGUCAGGACACUGCUGUGAAGACCAGGUGUGCUGCGACUACUUCUUUGAGUUAUGGUGGUUCUGGCUGGUGUGUGCCAUUUUCUUCUUCCUGACCUGUUGCUGUGUGGGUCAUCACCGCCGAGUCAAACACAGGCUGCAGCAGCAGCAGCGACAGCAAGAGAUCAACCUUAUUGCCUACAGAGAGGCUAGCAACUACACCUCAACUCCAUUCAACUUCAGGUUUCUCCCAAGCUCUUUCCUUCCUGAUUAUGAGGAUGUAACAAAUCAUCCUCUCGCCCCACCUCCUCCUUACUGUAACUCAAACUCCGAACCACCAGAUUGCACCAGAAAUGACCAGGAGGAGGAGCAAUGUCCACCCAGACAGACAACUCCCAUGACCACAUCAUCAACCGCACUGUGCUCCAAUCCUGACAUAGGGGGGCUUGAGACCUCCAGGGAGAACCAGCUCAGAGAUGAUGGAAAAGACACAGAGACCAUGUUGAAGGAGGACAUGGAUCCCGAGGACCAAGAAACGGUUGUGGAAUUACCUGAAGAGGAGAAGGAUGGGCUCAUGGAAAGACGGCGCCACUUUACAGGCGACUCUGGCAUCGAAGUGUGUUUGUGCAGCCGAGGAACCGGGAGCCACAGACCUAAAGAGCUUGAGAUGCUGUUCAACAAUGAAGGCCAUGGCAGCUCGAUGGAGUUUUGCGACAGUUGCGGAGCUAGAGACGACAAAGACGGCGAGCAGGGGACAGAGCUUGACGCAUCACCACCAACACCACCACAGCUCCAUCCUCUCUGCCUGUGUUUGCAUACCAUCAAUGAGCAGGAGGGGCCACAGGAGGGCCAGAGCUAAGGGGUUUUGAUAGCAAACAUAAAGGGAAAACAGAGACACAAGAGUACCUACCUUGUUCUGUGGAUAGUGUAUACACAAAGUGAUUUUUGUGUUUGUGGUGUUUAUCCUAGAAACACUGGUUUAUGGUGGGAAUACAUCCUGGAUGGGGCACCAGGCAUCCAACACACAUUUGUGCACUCAUUCACACCAAUUCACUGUCUGGCAUGUUUUAGAGCUAUGAACAGUGUUCAGUUCACACACAAGUUCAAUAGAAUUGUUUGGUUUAUUUAGGCCAUGUCCACACUAAUAUGUUUUUAUUUGAAAACGUAUAUUUUUCUCUCCGUUUUGGCCUUCACACUGAGACAGCAUUUUUAAAUCAACGAAAAAUUAGCUGUUGGGGGACGCUCUCCAAAGCGGAUAAAUUUGAAAACGCCGCCUUUGCAUCUUAGUGUGCACUGUGAAGAUGGAGGCUUAGGGAGAUGUGAGCAUUUUCAUACAUUUCUGUGUGGAUGAGCAACUUUUGGAAAACGUUUGAAAAUGAUAAUGUGUACGUGGAGCGUUUUUAGACGUAAGCUCUGUUUUAAAAUAUAUCCGGAUUAGUGUGGACAUGGCCUUAGCCAGUUGGGUUUCAGCUGGCAGUUCACAGAGUUAACAAUGAUCUACUGUCAUAAAAUAAAAUAUGUGAACUGUAACUUAAUUUACAGCUAAAAUGGUCAGUGCUUUGCACUUUUUUUUUAAUAUCUUUUACCAAAAUAUUUUAUUACAUUAAUUUCCACAGGAGGGCCACAUGAGUAGUUCUGAUUUUCUAAGCCUAGGUCCAGUCCUACUCGUAUAUUACAUAAGUUAAAAAUUGUAGUCUUGAAAAAUAUCCUCAAAUAUUUACAACAAAAAGUUUAAUAUAUUCUAAAAUUCAAUACUAUAAUCUCUUUAUUAGCCAAGGCUGGGAAACAACAGCAGAAGACCCUUCUUUCAUUUUGUUCCAAAGAAAAACACAGUUAUUAUAGUGAUGAUUUUAAAUUCUGUUAAUUUCACACUCGAGUGCAUUGUAUUGGAGCAAUGUUAUCUCUGGACCUUUGGUUGUUUGGACUAUGUGGAUAAGAGCAUAGACAUGCUGUUUAGACUUGUUUACACAAUUAAACAGCAAAAAAGAAAGGUCAAAGAAAUAAUAAUUUUUAAGUCUUUUUUCUAAAAUCUUGUGAUUUUUAGUACUUACACUAUUUAUAUUUGGAAGUAUGUAAUUUUGUCCGUGUGUGUGUGUGUGUGUGUGUGUGUGUGUGUGUGUGUGUGUGUGUGUGUGUGUGUGUGUGUGUGUGUGUGUGUGUGUGUGUGUGUGUUCUUUAGAUUAAGAUUUGUGUAAGUAAGUCUGCAUUAUUUUCAGUUCCCCAAAUUAAUUAAUUAUCAAAUAAUUUUUUGAAUCAAAUAAUUUUUGUAUCAUUUGACAUUUAUUUAAACGUUAACUAUACCUGCAAUAACUAAUGUUUAAUUACUUUUUAACUAAAAAUAAUAUGAAGAAUUGAAAACCUACUAAAGUGUUCUUUGUUCACGUCACUGAUGUUGUAUGAAUGCUGAAAAUUCCAUUGAAUAUAAAGUGGCACCUUUGACAUUGUUCUAUUGAAACAACAUAAAGACA